AUGCAUAGCGCGACCCGCUUUGGCGCCGUGAAAGGCUUCAAAAACAUCAGCAAUCAAUUCACGCCCGCUCAUUUCUUCACGACGGCCCCCCUACAGUUCGCCAAAACGGAUCCGACGCGGGACGCCAGAAGGGCUCGGCCACCACCACAGCCGGAAGAAGAGAUGGACUUCGAGGUGGCGUUCCGCGAUCGUGCCCUCACCUUUGGCGAGCUGAAAUUUUCGUACCCAAAGCAUGAGAUACCGCUCAGCCACAUUGCGCCCACGCUUCAUGCUGGCCCCUCUACCGCCCUUCCCCCGUUCGUUCCGCGACUUCCCGGUCCGCCACACGCCUCGUUACACAGCCCCGGCACGCCCGGUCUACAUUUACCCACCCAGCCACCGGCUUCUAUGACCCCAAAUUCCCAAUCAAAGACGAAGCAACGGUUGUACUGCGCAGUGUGUGGAGACAGUGCCCUGGGUCGGCACUACGGUGUAAAUGCGUGCAACGGUUGUAAGGGAUUUUUCCGGCGGAGUAUAUGGAAAAAUAGGACGUAUGUCUGCCGAUUUGGCGGAAAUUGCCCGGUUUCCAAAGAACACCGAAAUACCUGCCGAGCUUGCCGGCUAGAAACGUGCCUGCGUGUCGGGAUGAACCCGCGGGCCGUGCAAAGCGAAGCCGACUUGGCCCAAUCCCAGCAAGAACAACAGAUGGCCGCCCAACUAAAGGAAAUCCACGAAACCCUCUCCCUGAUGCGGGACAUCUUCAGCCGUACGGACGCGGACGGGUGGGGUCCAGGGCCGGAAGAGCGGCUUCUCCCCUUUCCCACCGCCUUCUACAACCCGCACCUCAUCGCCAGGAGGACCCGGCUCGAACCGUCCGGCUCUCGGCCCGCCUCACUUCAGGAUAUUUUGCUCGAUUUCCGGCGAGCGUUUGUGUUAUAUGCGGAUGUACUCGUUGCGUUGCCACAUUUCCGGAGUAUGGAGGAAGGAGAUCGGAUGUCCCUCGCAAAAUGCCGCUUCGCUCCGUACUACUGGUGGCUCACCUCGAAUUGGGCGGUUCGUGCGGGUUGUCGCGGAGUGUGCUACGGCAACGGGACAUUCCUCUCCCCAUCCCUACCCGCCCCACAUCCACUUCACGACCUUCAUUCGCUAUCGGAGAAGUCGAUGGUGUUGCUGCGAGAGCCGUUAGAGGAGCUGCAACUUGAUGAGGAUGAGGCGACGAUUGCCGGGUUGUUCUUCAUCUUUGCCGACGAUCUGCCGAAUCUUUCGCCAACGGGUGUGCAACGACUCGAAGCAGGUCGGGGCUACUACCAGGAGCUGCUGCAGACGGUGACGGCCCGGGGUCGGGGCGAGCUGGCCGCCGCCAAUCGGAUGGCCAACAUCACCGCGUUGCUAUCUAGUAUUACGAACCUUUCAUAUAUCUCCUCCGACAACCUGGACCUUUCUGAAGUGUUGCACGUCGUCCAUGAGCUGGGUCGC